UCCAAUACGUACCGGUAUACGCAUUCGCUCGCUCGGCCUUCCCUCCUCUUCGCGGUUCAUCUUUGCCAGUUCCUCGUCUCUUUCUCCCCCACCACAACAACAAUCGAUGCCAGGUCUCGGGCUUGGAGGCAGCCAUGCAGCACCCAAAUAGCAAUGCGCAUUUUCCAUGUAUUAUCGGACCUUGAUUAAUUGUUCGGUUCGUUGCUUAGUAAUUGUUUGAUAACUCGCUAGCAGUUAGCAAAGCCCAGUUUUAAGUUGAUCCAACCAAGAGAGGGAAGAAGGAGGGAGCAAAAAUGGUCCGAGAAGGUUUCAAGAGACCCCGUGGCCAGACGGCUUUUGGCGCCAUCAUGUACAAUUUCCAGGGGACCUUGAACCCCAACUCCAAGAGGACAUGGACUCUUCUGAUUGUCGGCGCCACCAUUAUCAAUGUAUGGAUCCAGGUAGCAGGACCUCCUCGCUGUGAAUCCAUAGCGCUCAUGACGCACAAAGCGGCCGAGACGUCCCCACCCGCUCUGCGACGUGAAGUCGUAGUUCCGGCACCAGCGCCUCCACUAGAAGAUCCCUGUGAUGUGGAAUACAAACGAGUUACGGCCGAUCGUACCCAAGGAUUAACCAAGGAAGAUUUGAAGCGAUCCUGGACCAACACGGGCAAUCGUCAACGUCUUGCCCAGUUGGGAGAAACGUUGAAUGCCAUGAAACGAAAACCACGUCCCAUCAAAGGAGUUGUCAGUGGAGGUUCCAUCUCGCUCGGACACGGAGCAGAAGCUGGAUUGCGAUAUUCCGAUCGUCUGGAAAAAUGGUUCAAUGACAAGUAUCCCAUCCCAGAAGGCGAAGGCAGACAUCAAAUCUUGAAUAAGGGAUCUCAUGGAGCAGAUAUAUGUGCCAUGGCCAAACGAUUGAAUCUUCUCUUUGAAGAUUUACCACCCGACAUUGAUCUGUUUGUUUUGGAGUUUGCUGUCAAUGACUACCAAGGACAGGACCAUGAAAGGCAAAUUGAUUUCAAGAUGGACGUCUUUUAUGAUGGGUUUGACAGGAUUGCCACUUGCGCCGAAACUGUGAUUUACAAACUCUUGCGUCAGUAUCCAAGGGCAACAAUUCUCUUUCUGGAAAUGCGAACGGCCAUUCUCGGACGCAAAACUGCUUCCUUGUUGCACAUGGGAGCGGCUCAGCAUUAUCAGAUUCCUGUCAUCGACUACAGCGAGGCAAUGUUCCCGGACUAUCAAUUCUUACUGCAGUUGCUCAAACCCUUCAACUAUUCGACCGCUAUUGGUGAUACCGUGUUGCCGUAUCCUCACGGCUGCCAUCCAUGUGUCAAAGAGCACAUUGUCCCAGGAUUCCGGGCGAAUGGAUGUGCCGACGUCUGUACCAUUAUGAAGUUCAAUCCCACCGAAGGACCCUUACAUUGCCAACUAGCACAGGGCCGAGAACCUUGCUAUGUUCCCUUCUUUGCUCAUGACGAAGUUCACCCCAGUGGCAUUGGGCACCAAAUUGCUUCGGAUCUCAUCAUCGAUGCCAUUGCCAGUACGGCCAGAGACGUUUGCAAUCGAGAAAGAUUUGAACUUGCCGCUGCGAUUCCCCGAAAUGGAUGGAUGGUGAGUUCUCCGGAUUUGUUGGACCGACAAAACGCGUUUGUCAUGGUCAACGACACGUACGAAGUCUUUGUCAAGAAACGCAAGUUGGAAGCAGCCACGCAUACAGAUGGCUUUUCUUAUUUUGACGACAAGUUUGGACGGUUCGGAUGGAUUGCAACCAACGAACAAGGAGGAGAGUCCAUUCAGUUUGAUAUCCAACAACCUGCAGGUGGGUGCUACAUUCCAGUGUUGUCGGUGCUAAAGUCGUAUGAAGGCAUGGGAACCUUCACUGUCACUGUGACGGAUAAAGUGACCAAAGAGGUAGCGACGGUGGAAGGGGAUGGGCUCUGGAAACCAAAGAUUUCGGUGCCUGUCGACAUCCAACUUCUGCAGGAUGGAAUCGGAGUCAGGUGCACCGGCAACUGUCAAGUGAACGUUCAAACCCAUCCCAAAAAGGACGAUCGGAAGGGCAACAAGGUAAAAGUCGUGUCGUUGGCGGUAAGACACUGUGUUUAAGUCAGGGAAGCGAUAGACUACACUGGUUUUUAAGGACGUGUU